GAGAGAGUAGAGAGAUAGAGAGAGAUGCCGAAGCGAACGACGCAUACGUAUUCGAGCGAGGACGCUUUGCCGGAAGGCCCUGACUCCGAUCUCUUCGUUUACUACUGUAAGCCUUGCGGCUCCCAUGUUCUCAUCACCGUUGAAAUGUGAUGAAGUGUUUGUGUCUAUACACUGAAGUGGAGUAUAUUUUUUAGAUACUCAAUUGCAGAAAAUGCCCAAAAGAAAAACAGAUAAUGCAUAUGUUUUGGACAGGAAGAAGCAUCUGGCAAGGCUGAAUACUAGCGAAGCAGGAAAGAUCCUCUUGAAGCGUGGCGAAGGGAAAGUGGAGAGGCAGUAUCGAAUGAAUUGUGUGGGCUGUGAGCUUUUUGUUUGCUAUCGUGCAGAAGAAGACCUGGAGUCUGCUUCGUACAUAUACGUAGUUGAUGGUGCACUCAGUACAAUUGCUGCUGAAACUAAUCCACAGGAUGCUCCUGUUCCACCUUGCAUAUCCCAAUUAGAAGGGGGUCUUGUGCAAGUAGCCAUAGAAGUGGAAGACCGUGCACAGCGUUCUGCAAUCACAAGAGUGAACGCUGAUGACGUUCGAGUUUCUGUAGCUGCAGUUGCUGCCCGAGGAGAAGCUAACAAUGAGCUUUUGGAAUUCAUGGGGAAGGUGUUGGGUCUAAAAUUAAGCCAGAUGACACUUCAACGAGGGUGGAAUAACAAAUCAAAGCUCCUGGUGGUAGAAGAUUUGACAGCUAGACAGGUCUACGAGAAGCUUCUCGAAGCAGCACAACCAUGAGAUAUGCAUUUGAGGAAAACGUUUCGACUCAAUAGCUUGGCUACUUCGGCAUGUUUUAAUAGACUUCUUCGACUGCAGAUGUUUCCUCUCUCUUGUCAUGUAACUUGUGUUUGUAAUUUGAGGAAUAUGUUGUUUCAAACCCAAGAGUUUUGGACAGAGGACUAGAAAUUCUACAAAUUCGCCCAAAAGUUCUAAAUAUUAUUUUUCUUAAAAACUGAAAUUUACCAGUAUCCCUUAUUA